AUGGAAAAGAAGGUGUACAGCUGUAAGGCCUUUUCUGAAAUGUAUAACAAUCUGUAUGUAGAAGUGAAAAAGAAGAAAAAGACGGAGACGCUGAUGUUGGAUAUGGUCAAAAACGCGACGGGAAUUAAGGGGAUGAAAGAGGACCAAUUUCUUGAGGACGUUAAACAGAAUCAAGCAAAGUACUUUGACCCAUUAUUAAAAGCGAUUGAAAGUAAUGUCACUAAAUGUUGUUCGUUGGCGUUGGAGAUGCUCACUAUGUUUUUUGAAACCGACACAUUUAGCUCGCAAUGGUUCUGUCGGGUGAUGAAAUGUUUGAACAAAAUGGAAACGAACGACGAACUUUGCACAAAAAUAGUUAUAAUGCUGUCUUUGGUCUUUUCAACACCGAAACUUGUCUUUCUGUUCCAAGGAGAUGCACUUAUUGAUGUGUAUUGCUUCCUAUUUGGUUUGGUAGAAAGCGAGAAAGGGAAAUAUUAUGACAACUUCUGUGAAUGGACGUUUAACAUCUUUUUGGUGUUGAACAAUAAUAAAGAACAAAAGGAAACUUCAUUCUUGGAGGACCAAGUCUGUGUGUUAUUCAAGGAGUUUUGUUGCAUCAUCAAAACAGGGAGAUCCGUUGUGUUAAAAACCACAAAGACGCUUGUCUCGGUGCAGAUGAUUAGUUCUAUUUUGAGAAAAAAUCCAAUUCUUUUCGAAAAACCCAAAUUCUUGGAGGCAGUCUCAUCUGAUUGUUAUCAGAUGUGUUUUUGGUUACUGGAUAACGCGAUAUAUAACACGGGUGUCUUUGAAUUGGUUCAACUUGUUGUAACGAAAUAUUCUUAUGCCAAUAACUUUGUUCGAUUAUUCACGAAAUUGCUUGGGUUGGUCACAAAGGAAAAGGCGAAGGAGGUGCAGUUCACCUCGAUCCAACGCAUUUCCGAAUAUUUUGACAAAACAAUCGAAAGAGGGAAUUGGAAAGAAGUUGUUGUGCCGUCGCAAGAGUUCUGUAACUUCUGUUUGGAGAUGUAUGCAAGGUUUGGGAGUGAUAACAUCGAAAUACCAUUUGUGACAUUUAAUGUAUCACUUGAUUUGGGGAAGGUCAUGGCGUCUCCCGAUGGAUGUAUCUGUUGUGUGAUGACAAAAGUUUUAAUGAACGUUGCAUCGUUUUUGCUUGCGGACAAAGAACGGCUUACAAAGAAAGAAGAGAACUACACAAUACUUUUUGGAGCAAUUCAACAACAAAUGAUCUACUUUGUGAACACUAAAACACCACUGGUGUUGUUAGAAGAAUAUUUGAAAUUCAUUCUUAACACAAUUGGCGUUGUUUUGCCAUUGCAACUGUAUGAAUAUGCAGAUGUCCUUCUGAGUGAAUUAGUCAAAGCAACAAAGACAGUGCCACUCCCACAAAAUGUAAAUGGGCUGUUGGGGGAAAAGGAGAUGGCGUUUCUGAAAUGUGUUACAGACAUUUUCACCAAUUUUGGAGAUAUUUUCACACAAGACGAAUUUCACACUGUUUUGCAGAUGAUUGCGACUGUGAAAUCACUUUCGAUAUACUCUCCACUUAUCAAGGAGAAUAAGACAACAUCGGUGAUAUUCAAUUUUGCGUUUGAGAACAGCCCGACAUGGCCCGAUGAGACGUUUGUGCAUUAUGUUGAGACGUUAUGUGUGAUAUGUGGUACCGUCAUGAAAGAAUAUAGAAGUGACACGUUUAAAAUUGAGAGGUACUACUUUGAGGAAUUAUACCGGAUAGUAUUUUCCCAAACAAAACGAUUUGUACUCAUCAAGGAUAUUGUGCGUCCGAUAUUUAUUAAAUGUGUAGAACACAAUGAAGAGUGCAUCAACUCAUUCUUCUUUAACCAAAGCAACGAGGUGAUCGAAAAAAAGAAACUCGACCCUUUCUUGCCAAUCUUUUUAGAGUUGUUUUUCGACGUUUCGUUUGUGGUUUUCAAUGACAAAACAAAGUCGAAGUUGGGGCUUCUCGACAUAUUGGUGACUCAUGUCGACACUGUUGUCACCAAAAGCGAUUUAAACAGAUUUUUCGAGCUAGUGAAAACGUGUGCAACAAAAGACGUCACGAGUCAGGCGUUCACUUUAGUCAAAGAAUUGUGUAAAGCGGAUUUACUUCGCGAGAUGGAUAAAGCGCACUUAGUUUCGCUUUUUUCAGUUGUUCGAACCUAUGUUGAGCAAAAUGUUGAAUUGAACAUUGCAUUAAGUUCCAUUGAAUUACAAUGGAAUUUGUUGGAAGGGGUACACCAAAUGCCAGAGACGGUGAUCACUAAACAAGAGAAGGAGGAUGUGAUGUAUUUACUCUUCGACCAAAUGCUUGAAGAAAUUGAAGAUGAACGAUAUGACAUUUGGUUUUCUGCCGCACAGACACUUUUACGUGCGAUCAAUGAUCAAGGAGUGUUUUUCAGUGAUGAGGGGUGGGAGAAAUUGAUCAACGGGAUAUUUUACAGUGCAUUUCAGAAGUUGAAAGUUAUUGUCUUUCCGAAAGUGUUGAAUAUGACAGACAUCCCACGCAAAGAAGAUAUUGAAAAGACUGAAAUCUUUGGUCGUGUGACAACGGAAAUUCGAAGGUGGAAUGACUCGGUCACGGCAGAUUUGUCAUGUGUGAUGCGGUCGCUUAAAGUGAUGUUCAAGAAGUUUAAAGACGAGGAUACAAAGAAACAAGUGUAUCGAUGCAUCUUAGGGUUCACAGAAUUUGCGUUUUUUAGACCGACCAUUGCGGGAAUUGAAAUUGGGAUGAAAUACGUCUUUAAACUUGCACCAAUCCUAUUUGAUGAGUCGUUGUUCAUAACAGUUGACAACGCCCUUGUUCAAGAUACGUUGGACGAAAUUGAAAUGAUCAAUAAGUUUGUGUUGUUCAACAAUGGCGUCUUUACUGGAACUUCUGUUUUGUACUUGAACUUACUGCUCGACUUCUUUGUCAUUGGAAAUGGUGAAGUCAAAAAGCGAAUAGUCUCGAUGGUUUGUAAAUUCUUCACUGUUUUUCCAGGAGACUUCUAUGUUUCUGAAAGAGGCGGUACGCUAGUCCAAGAAAAGGUUUUGUCCCUUUUUGAAGUCAUUUUGAAAGACAAAAAUUUCAACGACAUUCAAACAGACGUGAAAAAGUCCAUUGAGUUUGCGUUUGAUAGUAUCACAGGUGUUGAAACUGUCAACUUACAAGCCAAAAAAUCGAAAUGGUGGGGAGUUAAUGUAUUAUUGCCUUUAUUGAAAGUGUUUGGACUUGAUGAUGAAGUGAGAGAGCGAAUAGUCAAAGGGGUCGACGUUGUUAUUGAUUUGUUUAAUGACGAGUUCAAAGUGAAUGAAAGUGUUAAAAACGUGAACGAGAGUUACUCUGUUGAAUCGUUCAAAAAAAUGCUCACCACCCUUUUGGAGUUUUUAAAAAUGUCUGAGAAAAUUGGGCCGAACGAAGUCAAAGUGGUUGAGUGUAUUUCAAUAACACAACUCGAAAGGAUGCAACACGACACUCUCAUACUUUCAGACGCUGUUGUGUUUGGCGAAACAGAAAAGGUAUUUAAAGAAAUAGAAACCCAUAAUUUUGUUGCAUUAGACACUGACGACUUGAGAGAACUCGUAGAGGUCUAUGGCAACUCACUUGAAUUCAAAGAGUAUGGCAGAAACGUGUCGAAAGGAAGUUAUCAGUGUUUGGUCGAAAACACCUUAACAAUGAAAGAUGUGGAACGUGUGAAAGUCAUCAAGAACAAAGUCCGGGAACGAGUCGAUGCUUUGGUCCAAGCGUAUAAUGAAGAGUCUACUAAUUGUAGAAUAGCAGAAGUGCUCUUUGUGAUAGAAAGUGUUAUUGAGAGGUUUAUAGCAAGUGGUGACAAGUCGAUGAUGAGGUGGUCGUACAUCAAAUUGGUCGAUUUAGUCCCUUCACCGAACCAACCGAUACGGGCCGCAGUCCAAAAGGCACUUUCCAAAAUUGGAGAGCAAAUAUUUGUCGAUUGA